AUGCUCGGUGGGUGGGUACGACGGGGCGUCGAGGCAGUGCCUCAGCUCCGUGGAGUGCUACGACCCGAAGAUGAAUCGGUGGUCCCUCGUGGCGGAGAUGUCUGCGAGGCGCAGUGGAGCCAGUCAGAGAGGUGGAUUUUUUCUCUGCGGCCAGGUGUCGGAGUGCUGGAGGGGCAGCUGUACGCCGUCGGGGGUCACGACGGGCCCCUGGUGCGCAAGAGCGUCGAGACUUACAACCCGGACACCAACAUGUGGGCUCCCGUUGCCGACAUGGCGUUGUGUCGACGCAACGCAGGUGUGCUUAGAGUGGGUGGGUACGACGGGGCGUCGAGGCAGUGCCUCAGCUCCGUGGAGUGCUACGACCCGAAGAUGAAUCGGUGGUCCCUCGUGGCGGAGAUGUCUGCGAGGCGCAGUGGAGCCAGUGUCGGAGUGCUGGAGGGGCAGCUGUACGCCGUCGGGGGUCACGACGGGCCCCUGGUGCGCAAGAGCGUCGAGACUUACAACCCGGACACCAACAUGUGGGCUCCCGUUGCCGACAUGGCGUUGUGUCGACGCAACGCAGGAGUCGUAUCCUUGGGAGGACUCCUGUACGUGGUUGGAGGGGACGACGGAUCCUCGAAUCUUCCUUCUGUGGAAGUGUACAAUCCCAAGACGAAUGCUUGGAACUUGCUUCCAUCCCAGAUGGGCACCGGGCGCAGCUACGCAGGGGUGGCCAUCAUCGACAAGCCGCUCUGAAUACGGCGACGGCCCGACUGGGUCGUGCCGACGUCGCUGCGUUGACGAGCCGUCAGAUUCCCGACCGGUAUCGGUGGUGCUGUCGUGGCCUUCAUUGACUAACCAAUCUGGCAACGACUGGAUGCGGUCACACGAUUGUUGAUAUCUGUGACGAGCUCGCUCGAUGACACCAAGACCCGUUUAUGCUGGCAUCACCAUCAACAGCUGUGUCUGAUACCAAUUGGAUCGAGCAAUGCCACGUGGUGGAUCUUGCUCCCUCGAUGGGCUGGACCCAACCGUGCCAGGAAUACCCGUUUGAUAUGUCUCACCACCUUUGUGGCUGUAGAUGUGAAUGUGAUAGAGACCAGCCAUAGAGAGUCUGCGUUUUUUUUUUUUCUCUAAGCAAUUUCCUUUUGCAAGUUCAUGUUACAAUCUUUGUGACAAGAUGGGAAAAGUUUGCAUGAAGCCAGCGUAAGCUGAGUAUGCAGUUAAAGCUCAUCAUAACAAAGACUUAUGGCAUUUUUGCUUAUACUUUCUCAAAGAUUGCAGCUUAGGCAUGGUAUUUUUUCCUCCCUGGAGAGAGAGAGUGCAUUUAACAUUCAUCUUGGAUUCAUGCCACCGUUUCCUUUCUUAGAAUCCGAGUGAAUCUUUUCGACAUGUGAUAGGGAUAUAUUUUUCCAAUAAUGAAGUUUUUAGCUGAAA